AUGCUGUCGAGUCCGUUGCGCUUGCAGCGUCUACGGCGGACGCUGUCACCGCAGCCUUUGCGCAGCGUGUCGCAGAUGCGACAGGUGAAACUGUCGUGGCUCAAUGGGCCGUCAAAUGCCGCGGUCGAAACGGCUGGGGCGCGGCUGCGGAUCAGGAAGCGGCUGGACGAGCUUUUGCGCAAAUCGGUGCCGUACGGCGAUCUCAAGCAGCUGAUGCUCAGUAGACCCGUCUCCGAAAAACCCUACACUUUUGAAAGAGCGACAGACCGGUAUCUGACCCAGUUCGAGAGACCACCUGAUCGUGCAGAUGUGUCUGGUACAGACUUCUCAAUGGUGAGCCACGAAUACUACAAUGCGCGCAGACAGAGGUACGAGGCGAAGCUGAACAAUGCUCUGGCCGUCGACCCGCUCUCGUCGCCGGCGUAUCUGAAGUUCUUCAAAGAGCUGCGAAGGGACAAGGUCGGCAUUUCGCGGCUGCAGAAGGCGUACUUCGCGCUGCCCCGGCCAGCGCCGUUGUACAUGCAAACGCAGGACCUGGAGGUCUUCAUAGGGUAUCUGUGCGGCUGUCCGCGUGCUUUGCGCAAAGACACUUUUGGAGUACACUUUUUGCACGACAUGCACCAGUCGGGACUGAAGCUGGGUCUCGGCGAGUUUGUCAAGCUGCUGGACUCCUUGAAAGGCAUAGUCACGCUUGACUCCGUGUACGGGAUAUACAAGCAGCAGUACGACGCGUCUCCCACGUUUAUGGGACGCAUGCUGAACUACUCGUUGUCCGCGCGAAAUAUGGCCGGAUGGGACGUGGACUCAAAAUCCGCGAUGACGAGGCUACAGCGCCGGAUACUGAAGGACCUCGUGAACCACAACGCUGCGCCCAACAUGUAUCUGAUGCAGCAGUUACUGAAAGUUGGCCGCAGAGCGCCCGACUCGCUGUUCCUGUUGGAGAUCACAGAGCUGGCUUUGCACGGCCGCGUCGUGCACAGACAGACGGUGCGCACGAUAGCACACUGCAUGGAGCAGCAGCAGGAAGAGGAUCUGGCGGCCGAGUUUCGGCAGGCGUAUAGACUGCUGAACGAGCGGUUCGACACACAUCUGGACCCGAGUGCGCAGUUCCAGCGGGGCCGGGUGCUUGAGCACCUUCUGGAGCAGACAGCAGGGAGCUGGUGCGAGGUUGUGUACUAG